AUGAUCGGAACAUCGACAUUCGACUAUAUCUGGGUCAAGUCAUGGGUCAUUAUAUUGCAUUCAAUCGCACCGAUCUGUGUUACCUAUUGCCUCUCGACCUUGUGUCUGCCGAGCUCCUGGCGACUUCCAAUCUUCGUCGAAUAUUGGGCCUUAGCAGAGACCAUUUUCUGUCUAGGUUUCUAUCUCUAUCAAAGACAUCAACUCCAGCGUCCAGCUUUACAUCCUCCUGCUCCGUCGAAGGAGGAGCGAGAAAAGCUUUUCCGACUCUGUCGGGAGAGUACGCAGGAUGCCGUCAGAUACUUGUCGGGCUGGUUCUUCUACGCACCUCUAACCGCCGUCAAGCGCGAGAACGUCAAAGAGUUCUUUCGAUGGGCCUUUCUCAACACGGAUGUGAUUGAACCCUCCUCCGAAGAUGAAGUGGAAGAGUAUGUGAAGAGCAUGGAGCUUGAUACCGGGUUGAAGUUCGAGCACGGACGUGCCGAUAUCAAAUGUCUACGAUUGACUUUGGAUAAAGUCGAUGCGCUCCAUCGAAGUCUGGUGUGGUACUCAGUAAGGUUCUCGUUCUGUUACAUGAGUUUGCUAGUGUUAACAUCCCUGUCGUGUAUCUUCUUCGUCGACGUCCUCACGCAUGCCUAUAUGCAGCUCCACCACUUCCACCACUACGGUGCUUCAAUCAUGCGCUUUUUCGACGUCUUCCCUCUGCGGCCGCAUACUCUCCUGGAAAUCCACCGUUCUCCAGCCAAAGAUUUGACAUACUGGUAUCGUCCUCAUACUUCUCGGGCGGAGUUACCAAUACUGUUCCUCCAUGGUAUCGGAGUUGGUCUGUACCCUUACAAGGAAUUCCUGAAAGAACUGAAUCAAGGACGCCGGACCGAGGACGGCGUCAUAGGGAUCCUUGCGGUUGAGAUGCUGUCCAUCUCGUCUCGAAUCACGUCCCCUUUGCCUCGGAAGCAAGAACUGUGUCGACAGCUUCGCACCAUUUUGCAGUAUCAUGGGUUUGAGCGGUACGUAUUGGUGUCACACUCAUAUGGCUCGGUAAUCUCCACACAUCUUUUGAAGAUGCCCGAACUAGCAAGCAUGAUCGCGUCGGUAAUUCUCGUUGACCCUGUUUCCAUCCUACUUCAUCAACCAGAUGUGGCCUAUAAUUUUGUUGUACGCAGACCCAAGCUCGCAAACGAAUGGCUAUUAUGGUACUUUGGCUCCAAGGAUAUGGGAGUAGCGCACACACUCUCCCGCACAUUCUUCUGGUCUGAAAAUAUCUUGUGGAAGGACGACCUUUUGAGCCAUCAUGUCACUGUCUUCCUCGCCGGCAGAGACUCGAUCAUCAACGCCCCUCUCGUUUAUGAAUAUCUGCAAGCAACUGGUGGAGGCCAGGUGGACAGGACCAAGCCAGUCAGCUUUCACAGCGAUGACAUCCCGGCAGAGUACGAUUCUGAAAACGCCGUGCCAGAAGACCAUAGCGGUGAUGACAGGUUGAACGUGGUGUGGUCCCCGAACCUCGACCACGGCCAGAUAUUUGAUCAGCCGCUUUGGAGAAAACAGCUGGUGGAACAGACUCAAGUGCACGCGCGAGGUAACAUUACCCUGUAA